AGUGCUUUCCUGACCAGGUUGGGCAGAGGGUGUUGCAGCUUCGCGUGACAAUCGGUUUGAGAGAAACUUCUUGUACAUCUCUCUCCUUCCCUCCACGUAUGCUGUGAGCGAGGAAAACAAUGAAAAAACUACUCUAAACGAAAUACGACAAUAAAAAAGUGUGAUAGUGUAAGACAAGAAAGUGAUAAAAGAAAAAAAUAAAGUGGAUUUGCUUUACACGAUCAAAUAUAUCGGGUGAAAACUUGUGUACUUGAAAUCGUAAUAAAAAAAAAACCAACAACAGUAAGAAAAUAAAAUGAAAACGGAAAAUUUGUGAUACUUGGGAAAAAAAAAGAAAACACGAAUCAAAUUUGCUUCUUACGACCACCUCAAUAAAAGUGGAAACUUGUAAUACUGAAAAAAAAACUUGCUUCACGACAACACGGAAAAAAAAAGAAACAACACAACGAAAAUUAUGCUUUUAAGACGAAAAAUCCUGCUUUACACAACCAACUGAGAGAUAAAAAGAAAACGUGUACCUUGUAAGACCACAAAAAAGGAGAGAACAGGAAAAAAAAAAAAACGACUCUUCUCACGACCACUAGAAAAAUCCCGAAAAGUCGUGGUAUUUACAACGAAAAAAGACCGAAUUCUCACGACUAUCAAAGAAAAAAUCGAGAAACCCCGACAUACAAACAGGUGCUUACAAGACAAAUCGUGGUUACCUCCGUCAAGGGAUAACUGUGUGAGCUGAGGUGACGGGCGAGCGACCCACACCACAACACACGGCGUCAGGAUGAGAUGCGCUGAUUACAGACUCCCUGCGCCGCCCACAGACACUGACGGAGGCACGGACGGGGGGCGAUGAGCGUGAGCUGGUGCGUUGGUGCGUCAGUGGUGACCUUGAAACAUCCCGAGUGUGACCUUGUGCUCGAAUCCCGGCGGUGACGUGCCAUGACCUCCCAAACCCCAUUCUGGACUCACCCUGCUGCCCCCACCACGCCUACAGUGUCCUACCAAGCCGCCCACACUGGCCGCCCACCUGGGACUGUGCCUACGGGCGGGUGGGGGGCGGAGGAGGGCAUGGGGGCGCUAGGAAACUCCUCCUUGGUUGUUGAUGACGCGGCAACAAACUUCUCCCUGCUGGACACGCCUCCCCACGGGGACAACAAGACCCAUUGGGCGUCCACGGCGGUAAUGCACAUGGGUGUGGAGGUGGAGCUGUUCCCGGACUGGCUGGUGGGCGUGUGGACGGGCGUGCUGGUGACCCUGAUGGCGGUGGGGGUGGGUGGCAAUGUUCUGGUGCCAGUGGUAGUGGUCCGGACUCGCGACCUCAGAUCCUCUACUAAUUUCCUGCUGGUGAACUUGGCGGCAGCGGAUCUCCUGGUGCUGCUGGUGUCCCUCCCCACAGCGCUGGUCGAGCUACACUCCCGCCCCGAGACCUGGGUACUGGGCGAGCCAAUGUGCAAGCUGGUGCCCUUUGUGGAGUACUGUGUGAGCCACGCCUCCGUGCUCACCAUCCUCGUCAUCAGCUUCGAGCGGUACUACGCCAUCUGCCGCCCGCUGCGCGCCUCCUACACGUGCACCAAGAUGAGGGCGUGUACCUGCAUCCUCACCAUCUGGGCCGCCGCCGUGCUACUCUCCAGUCCGAUGCUGGUGAUGAGCAAGUACCUGUUUGUGCCCUACGCUGACGGUACGAUGGUGCCAGGCUGCUUCACGGAACUCACUACCUUCUGGUCGUGCCUCUACAUUAACCUGGUGACCGCCGUGUUCUUCUUCGUGCCCCUGGUGCUGCUGGUGCUUCUCUACCUAGUGAUUGGGAGGAGUCUCAUGCGGGACUCAGCCUCAGCAGCCCUCCAGCACCGGAAGGUUGAUCUGCCCAAUAUGAAGGCGAGGAAACAGGUGGUGGUGAUGCUGGCCACCGUGACCGUGUUCUUCUUCGUCAGUCUGUUCCCCUUCCGCGUCCUCACACUGUGGAUCGUGUGGACGCCCCUGGAAACCAUCGAGACCAUCGGCCCGCUGCGAUACUUCAGCUUCCUGUAUGGCACACGGGUCCUGUUCUUCGCCAACUCCGCCGUCAACCCCAUCCUGUACAACCUCACCUCCACCAAGUUCCGAGAGGCCUUCCUCAAGCUGCUGGGGGAGAACAGAGGGGAUUCCCGCCGCCACCUGAGCCGCCAGUCCACCUUCAACACCACCGGCACCUCCAUGUCCAACGGCCGCAGCGGGUCAUCGCGGACCAUCCCCACAGACCUGGUGGCCAUCAAGGACUCCUACCCGCACCGCGUCGCCCUCGCCCGCUGUGGCCGCCAAGUAUCAACAGAUGACUUCUCGUCCAAGCGGCCCAACAUGGCACGCUACGGCCGCCAGAGCAGUUUCGCAGGUAGUUACUGCUUCACGAGUACUAACAGCGCCACCAACAGUGCAGCCUGCAGCCGCCAGAACAGCCGCGUAGGGGAUCCCUGUGUGUAUGGGCCCGAGGAGGUGGGGCGGAGACUAGCCGAUGGGGAGAAGAGGCAUUCCGGCGAGGGGCGACGCCUGCUGGAGGGUGAUCCCCCUGCCCUUACUGAUGACAUGAUUGAGGAGGAGAGGAGCUCGGGGUCUACGGUGAGAGGGGACAGCUUGAGAAGAAGUCAUGAAAAGAAGAUAGAGAGCGAGAUGGAGCAGCUGUUGGCAGAAAGGAACAGCAGCACUCAACCCCCAGCCCCAGACAAAAACCCAGGUAUCGCUUCUCCCAGCAGCAGCCCGAAGCAGCCCACCGUGGAGCGGGACUCUGAAGAAGGCGAUGGUGGCGUUGAAAGCGGAGCCACUGAGAAAAGCAGCUCCCCGGACAAAGAAAACGUGACUGAAGAUGCAAUCACGACGGGAGAAAAUGGGAAAAGCGUUCAGUUCAGUGACAGGUCGAAUGCAGAGAGUGUUUAACGAGAGCCACCGCGGCGAGGACCUGUCACCCUGUCACUGCUGCCGCCACGCACCCUCAGCUUAGGGGAGAGGCCUGAGGGGUGACGUGAAGUGUGGCGCAGGCUUGGCGAGGAGACAGGCACGACGAGGAGGCUGGUGUGUGUGUGUGUGUGUGUGUGUGUGUGUGUGUGUGUGUGUGUGUGUGUGUGUGUGUGUGUGUGUGUGUGUGUGUGUGUGCGCGCGCGCGCGUGUGAAUGUGAAUACGUAUGAAUCUCUUUGACAUGUAUAUCAAUUCAUAACACCACUACACACACACACACACACACACACACACACACACACACACACACACACACACACACACAGUUCACCUGAUGCACCCACACGUUGCCUCGCCACUCCCAACGCCCCAUCAAUGUCUGCAGCAGAUAUCAAAAAGAAGUGAGGCCAGCAACUUAAGAGGAUGUACCUGGUCUGAAGUGCCGUGAGGAGACAGGUGUUGCUCGCAAGUUCCCUUCCCACCACCGCGAGGGUCCAGAAAUAGGAAAGUGUGAGAGAGGAAGGACGAAGGAGUGACGGAGCGAGGAAGAGGGAAAGAAAAAGAAAAAAAAAGAACAGGGAGGACACGAGACAAUUUGAGGAAGGGACUGGACACGAGAGAGAGAGAGAGAGAGAGAGAGAGAGAGAGAGAGAGAGAGAGAGAGAGAGAGAGAGAGAGAGAGAGAGAGAGAGAGAGAGAGAGAGAAAGGAAUGAGGGAGUGAGAGGAAGGCAGAAAAUGGAGAAAGGGACUAAAAUAAGAAACAAUGCAUAAAUAAAUGAUGAAUCAAAACAACAAAUCAAUAACAAGAAAACCCAAAUACAAUCUUGAAUAAAUAAAAUUUUAAAAAAAAUACCGUAAAUUAGAAAAGGUUUAGAAACUAUACCAAUCUUUCAUUCACAUACACAACGUAACGAGAGGCAAAAAUAAUGAAGAAAACAAGCUAAUUUAAUACCCCCUUCACUAUACUGUAUAAUAAAUCCAGAAUAUACACCGUGGAUUACUGGAUAGAGGCGACUGACAUGGGGAGGACGAAGGAAAAUAAGAAAUAUGGUCAGAAUUCAGCUGGAUGGCCUGGGUAUAAGGGCGGGGGUAUGACAGCAGGCGUACCAACCUUACUGCAGCACAACUACUAUUACAGAAACGCUUGGACUCCGCCUGCUAUUACAGCUUUCUUCUUCGCUGCAUGUACGGUUACUAAUUUGAGACUUCAGCAGAACUCUCACACACACUGACUUCCUUUGCCUAUAAGAACGAGGAUGAUAAGAGGAUGACAAAUAUUAGUAUGACAGGUUUAAUUAAUUUCAAGUGCUUAACAAUUAUAAAAAGAAUGAUAGGAAAACACUGGAUAUGCGAAGGACUAAUUAAUAAAGUGAAAUGGUUAUAUCGUCUCUGGAACACCCGUACUGGACACUACACUUUUAAUUACGUGAGUUACCUGUGUGUGUGUGUGUGUGUGUGUGUGUGUGUGUGUGUGUGUGUGUGUGUGUGUGUGUGUGUGUGUGUGUGUGUGUGUGUCACUGUUCCACCUGCCUACCUGUUUACGUUCAUAUAAUUCGAUUGAUUACCGUUCAUCACAUCAAUACACGUGUUUACAGUCUGUUUUCUUCCUAAUGUGUCGAGGAGAAAUGUGUCAAGCCGAGACUUUCCUCCCUCCCUUUUCCUCUCAUAUGAUAUGUGUAAACCUUCAUCCCUUUAUAAGGUUUCAAACACAGAAAAAAAUAAUAAUACAAAAAAUUUACUAUACAUAAUCGUAAUGUACCUCUAUGUAUUGAAUAUAUGAAUAAUCUCCAGCAAGUUUUAUGUGGUAUUAUGAUUGUAUUGCGAGAAAUGAAGUUAUCGAUGUAUAAGAAGAUAAUUAUAAUGUUUAUUGAUAUCUACCUUCACGUUACCUAAAGGAAUGUUCACGAUGACUCCCUCUGUGUCACGAGUGUAAACUGUAAUGGUGUUCAACGUCAUCUAUUCAAAUGUUUAUCGUCUGUGUUCAUUACGAGGUGACGCAAGCCCUGUGACGUCACGCUAGGGAGGGGUGGUAACCAAGGUAGCUCUUCCCCUCCCUCCCUCCCUCCACCAUGCUGACUCCUCCUCCUCCUCCUCCUCCAACUGCUGCUGCUCCUACUGCUGCCGCCUCGUCUGACCCACCCUCACCUUCAGACUCAUGCAGGUAGCCAUUACUAGGAGCCAGGUGAGAAAGUUAAUGUGAUCUGGUGGUGGUGGUGGUGGUGGUGGUGGUGGUGGUGGUGAUGAUGAUGAUGAUGAUGAUGAUGAUGAUGAUGAUGAUG